UUGGUUCAUCGUAGUAGUAUGUAACUUUCAUACUUUGGAUGAUAAGUUUAGAUGUUAUAAACAUGAUGGACUGGUUUGCUUUUGCUAGCAUUAUCUUGCAUCAGUAUCCUGUUUUUAUUAGGUCAAAUGGCCUUUCCAGGUUAGCUACUUGAUCCAACCAUUAUUGCUAUUGUUCCCCAAUAAGAUAUACUGGCUUGGAACUAUAAAAGAUUUUGUUCAAAAUUUCAAAAUGCUCAGUCCCUGUGUUAUGAUUUGCGGAGUCACUCCUUGGUUAAAUUUCAUAAAUUCGGCAAUUUUGUUUCCUUGAGAAUGACGAUCUGUCAUAUACUGACAUUUGAUCUAGUACUCUAAAGGGUCAGAGGUUAGGAAACUUUUCACUUCCCUUUGUGAAUCAAUCUCAAGAUGGAACCCACAGAGCUGAACAAAGAUCAGCCUUCUGCUUUCAACCAUGUCAGACCUACAAACUCCUCUGCAUCCAAAAAGGAAGAAGGUUUGGGUGGACUACUUGGUCAACUUCCGAUGGGUUGUUGUCAUCUUUGUUGUCCUUCCAGUCUCUUUCACAAUCUACUUCCUUACAUAUCUAGGAGAUGUAAAGUCUGCAAUGAAAUCAGAAAAGCGGCGUCAGAAGGAACAUGAAGAAAAUGUUAAAAAAGUUGUUAAUCGCCUCAAGCAGAGGAAUCCAAAGAAAGAUGGUCUUGUCUGCACAGCAAGGAAGCCAUACAUUGCUGUUGGCAUGCGCAAUGUUGAUUAUAAACGUGCAAGACAUUUUGAGGUGGAUCUUUCAGCAUUCAGAAACAUCCUUGAGAUUGACAAAGAAAGAAUGAUUGCAAAAGUAGAGCCUCUUGUUAAUAUGGGACAGAUUACAAGAGCUACCGUUCCUAUGAAUCUUGCCCUCGCUGUUAUUGCAGAGCUUGACGAUCUCACAGUUGGAGGAUUAAUCAAUGGCUAUGGAAUUGAGGGAAGCUCGCACAUUUAUGGCCUUUUCUCUGAUACAGUAGUUGCCUUGGAAGUUGUACUUGCAGAUGGACGGGUUGUUAGGGCUACCAAGGAUAACGAGUAUGCAGACCUUUUCUAUGGGAUUCCCUGGUCUCAAGGAACACUUGCACUAAUGGUUUCUGCGGAGAUUAAACUCAUACCCAUUAAUGAGUAUAUGAGGGUAACAUACACUCCAGUGAGAGGUAACUUGAAGGAACUUGCCCAGGCUUAUGCUGAUUCUUUUGCACCUAGAGAUGGGGACACAUCAAAAGUUCCGGAUUUUGUUGAGGGAAUGAUCUUUACACCAACUGAAGGUGUCAUGAUGACCGGAAGAUAUGCUUCCAAGGAAGAGGCAAAGCAAGAGGGCAAUGUCAUCAACAGUGUUGGAUGGUGGUUUAAGCCGUGGUUUUACCAGCAUUCUCAGAAAGCACUUAAGAAAGGUGAGUUUGUGGAGUGCAUUCCCACCCGAGAGUAUUACCACAGGCAUACAAGGUCCUUGUAUUGGGAAGGAAAACUGAUCCUUCCAUUUGGGGACCAGUGGUGGUUCAGGUGGUUUUUUGGGUGGCUUAUGCCACCAAAGGUUUCUCUGCUUAAGGCUACUCAAGGUGAAGCUAUCAGGAAUUAUUACCAUGAUAAUCAUGUGAUCCAAGAUAUGCUGGUUCCUCUUUACAAAGUUGGGGAUGCUCUUGAGUAUGUGCACCGAGAAUUCGAGGUAUAUCCAAUCUGGAUGUGUCCUCAUCGUCUUUUCAAGCUUCCUGUCAAAACUAUGGUAUACCCUGAACCAGGCUUCGAGCUGCACCACAGGCAAGGAGACACAAACUAUGCUCAAAUGUUCACGGAUAUUGGUGUGUAUUAUGCUCCUGCAGCUGUGCUAAGGGGUGAGGAAUUCAAUGGUGCCGAAGCUGUCCUCCGGCUUGAGGAGUGGAUGAUCCAAAAUCAUGGUUUCCAGCCACAGUAUGCAGUUUCUGAGCUCACUGAGAAGAACUUCUGGAGGAUGUUUGAUGGGGCUCACUAUGAGCACUGCCGCCAAAAGUAUGGAGCCAUUGGGACCUUUAUGAGUGUCUACUACAAGUCCAAGAAAGGGAAAAAGACAGAGAAGGAGGUUCAGGAAGCAGAGGCAGCCAUCCUUGAACCAGCCUAUGCUGAGGAAGCAUGACCGGACCAACUUGUUUGGAAUUUGGAUUCGGUAGGAGUUUUUCAAUCCCAUUAGUUCUCUGAACCACCGCUUUGAUUACCUGAGGUUGUAGUCUGUGUCAUUCCCUGUUUGUGUGUUAAUCCCUGAUGUUGUUCUAGUGAUUGAACAUGAUGGAAAUUCAACUCUUUGGAUUCUGAUGCCACCAUCGAUCAGUGUUUGAUUUGUUCUUCUCGGUUGUCAGAUCGUUCUCCAUUAUCAAUAUCUGUGGCACUUCUUGUUUGCCAUCA